AUGGCAGCUUACGAGGAGGUGCUACCUGCUCCUUCUGGCAUCAUCAACAGUGAUACCAGAACUUCAUUCUCCCCUGGGUACUGUCCUGGAGAUGCAACCCAAUUGAAGCGCAUACCCUCAAUGCGAACCAUCAUACCGGUGCAAUACGCAGACUCGUCAGAAGAUACACCUAGCGACCACAGUUCAGUCUUCAAUGCGGUGCCAUCAUCAAGGAAGACGGCGUCAAACGAUAGUACGCAAGGCACGGGUGCUGAGAAAGAAGCCAGUCAAGAUGCCAGUACCGCCGAACCUGCUCCUGGUGAAAGCCACACAGGCACAAGACUAUUCACAAUCACCGAGCAAAAGAGUGUCCCAACCCUGAAGACGAUGCCCUCGAAUUGGACCUUUCAGCGCCGGAUCGUUACAGCUCAACCUCAAAUGGCAUGGGAGUCUGCACGUGGCUAG